GGGUGCCAGAGCAACGUGAGGCAGCUCCAUGCCCUUCCCUCCUGGCUCCUGAGCCCGACAGCGACCCUCGGCAGGUUAUGCUGCCCCGACAACAUCCCCUGAGCCCCCGUGAGAAGGAGAAGGGCUAAGCCAGCCGUACCGGGGCACCGUGCCAGCGCCAUGACCCACUCCCAGGUGUCCUCUGAGAUCCACCACAUCGUCUCCUCCGCCUUCCAGAGCCCUGAGCAGGAGGCGCUGGGCGCCGUCUCGCCUGCGUUCGGAGAGGAGGAAGAGGAGAAGGACCUGAACAAGGCCCUGGGUGUGGAGCGCUUCGAGGAGAUCCUGUGCGACACGCACCCCCGCAACGCGGAGGAGGCUGGGCGCAGCUACGGCGAGGAGGACUUUGAGUACCACCGCCAGUCGUCCCACCACAUCCACCACCCGCUCUCCACGCACCUGCCCCCCGACACCCGCCGCAAGAAGGGGGUGCCAAAAAAGGGCAAGAAGAAGCACCGCCGUGCCUCUGUCCCUGGCGAGACCCCCACCAUCGAGGAGGCCGAAGAGGAUGAGGAUGAGGCAUGCGACACAGAGACGGAGAGAUCGGUGGAGGAGCUCCUGCAGCCUGGCCCUCCCGAGGCAGUGCAGUUCUUCCUGCAGGAAGAUGAGGUGACUGACCGCCGGGCGGAGGAGCCGGCAGCCCCCGCGGCGCUGCCCAGCUCCCCCCCGGAGCCCCGUGAGUCCACGUCCCCCAGGGAAACCCGGGCAGGCAGGUGAGUGGGGGCUGGGGCCGGGCAGCGCUGGGGCUCACCUGGGGCUUGGACAGGGCUGGGGCUCUCCGGGGCCGCCGCCGAGGCUGGCUCCCCUGGUCGCCCUGUUCCCAAGUCGCAGCCGGGGCACCGCAGCUACAACCUGCACGAGCGGCGGCGGAUCGGCAGCAUGACGGGCACAGAGCAGGCCCGGUACCAGAAGAUGCCGACAGACGAGUCAGAGGCCCAGACGCUGGCCUCGGCUGACCUGGACUACAUGAAAAGUCACCGCUUUGAGGACGUGCCGGGGGUGCGCCGGCACCUCGUCCGGAAGAGCACCAAGGCGCAGGUGGUCCACGUCAGCAAGGACCACAAGGAGCCCAGCACGCGGCACCGCAAGCAGGACCGGCAGCCCCACGAGGUGUUCGUGGAGCUGAAUGAGCUGGUGGUGGACAAGAACCAGGAGCUGCAGUGGAAGGAGACGGCACGCUGGAUCAAGUUUGAGGAGGACGUGGAGGAGGAGACAGACCGCUGGGGCAAGCCCCACGUGGCCUCCCUGUCCUUCCGCAGCCUCCUGGAGCUGCGCAAGACCCUCUCCCACGGGGCCGUGCUCCUUGACCUGGACCAAAAGACGCUGCCGGGGGUGGCUCACCAGGUGGUGGAGCAGAUGGUUAUCACCGACCAGAUCCGGGCCGAGGACCGUGCCAACGUGCUGCGGGCACUGCUGCUCAAGCACAGCCACCCAAGCGAUGAGAAGGACUUCUUUCCCCGAAACAUCUCGGCCGGCAGCCUGGGCUCCCUGCUCGUGCACCACCACAGCACCAACCACGUGGCUGAGGGCAGUGAGCCGGCUGUCACCGAGCCCCUCAUCGCCGGCCACGCUGUGGAGCACGACACGCGGGUUGAUGUGGAGCGGGAGAGGGAGGUCCUCACCCCCACGCCCCCGGCUGGCAUCACUCGCUCCAAGUCCAAGCACGAGCUGAAGCUGCUGGAGAAGAUCCCGGACAAUGCCGAGGCGACGGUGGUGCUUGUGGGCUGCGUGGAGUUCCUGGACCAGCCCACCAUGGCCUUUGUGCGGCUGCAGGAGGCGGUGGAGCUGGACUCGGUGCUGGAGGGGCCCGUCCCUGUACGGUUCCUCUUUGUGCUGCUGGGGCCCAGCAGCACCCACAUGGACUAUCACGAGAUCGGGCGCUCCAUCUCCACCCUCAUGUCUGACAAGCAAUUCCACGAGGCCGCAUACCUGGCUGAUGACCGCCAUGACCUCCUCAACGCCAUCAACGAGUUCCUGGACUGCAGCGUCGUGCUGCCGCCCUCCGAGGUGCAGGGCGAAGAGCUGCUGCGCAGUGUUGCCCACUUCCAGCGCGAGAUGCUGAAGAAGAGGGAGGAGCAGGAGCGGCGGCUGCUGCUGGAGCCCAAGUCCCCCGAGGAGAAAGCGCUGCUAAAGCUGAAGGUGGUGGAGGGUGAGGGCGAGGAGGAGGAUGACCCCCUGCGGCGCACGGGCCGGCCCUUUGGGGGGCUGAUCCGGGACGUGCGGCGGCGGUACCCCAAGUACCUGAGCGACUUCAGGGAUGCACUGAACCCCCAGUGCAUUGCGGCCGUCAUCUUCAUCUACUUCGCCGCGCUGUCACCGGCCAUCACCUUCGGAGGACUGCUGGGGGAGAAGACGCAGGACCUGAUUGGGGUGUCUGAGCUGAUCAUCUCCACGUCGCUGCAGGGUGUGCUUUUCUGCCUGCUGGGCGCCCAGCCCCUGCUUGUCAUCGGCUUCUCGGGGCCCCUGCUCGUCUUCGAGGAGGCUUUCUUCACGUUCUGCACGUCCAACGAGCUGGAGUACCUUGUGGGGCGUGUCUGGAUCGGCUUCUGGCUCAUCCUCAUCGUGCUCGUCAUGGUGGCCUUCGAGGGCAGCUUCCUGGUGCGCUUCGUCUCCCGCUUCACCCAGGAGAUCUUCGCCUUCCUCAUCUCCCUCAUCUUCAUCUACGAGACCUUCUCCAAGCUGGCCAAGAUCUUCCAGGAGCACCCCCUGCAUGGCUGCCUGCAGGCGAACGGCACGGGCGCGGAGGCAGAGGCGUGGAGGAACACCAGCGCAGCCCCAACCAACAGCACAGCCAGCAGCGCCGCAGCCAAGGUGACGGGGCAGCCCAACACAGCGCUGCUCUCACUGGUGCUCAUGGCUGGCACCUUCUUCAUUGCCUUCUUCCUGCGCAAGUUCAAGAACAGCCGGUUCUUCCCCGGACGGAUCCGGCGGCUCAUUGGGGACUUUGGGGUGCCCAUUGCCAUCCUGGUGAUGGUGCUGGUGGACUACAGCAUCCAGGACACCUACACGCAGAAGCUGAGCGUGCCCAGCGGGUUCUCGGUGACGGCCCCAGACAAGCGGGGCUGGGUGAUCAACCCCCUGGGUGAGAAGAAUGACUUCCCCAUCUGGAUGAUGGUGGCCAGCGGCCUCCCUGCCAUCCUCGUCUUCAUUCUCAUCUUCAUGGAGACGCAGAUCACCACGCUGAUCAUCAGCAAGAAGGAGCGGAUGUUGCAGAAGGGCUCUGGGUUCCACCUUGACCUCCUGCUCAUCGUGGCCAUGGGCGGCUUCUUCGCGCUCUUCGGGCUGCCGUGGCUCGCUGCGGCCACUGUGCGCUCCGUCACGCAUGCCAACGCCCUCACCGUCAUGAGCAAGGCUGUGGCGCCCGGGGACAAGCCCAAGAUCCAGGAGGUGAAGGAGCAGCGGGUCACUGGGCUUCUGGUGGCUGUGCUCGUCGGCCUGUCCAUCGUCAUUGGGGACCUGCUGCGGCAGAUCCCGCUGGCCGUGCUCUUCGGGAUCUUCCUCUACAUGGGUGUCACCUCCCUCAACGGCAUCCAGUUCUACGAGCGCCUGCAGCUGCUGCUGAUGCCCCCCAAGCACCACCCUGACGUCACCUAUGUCAAAAAGGUGCGCACGCUGCGCAUGCACCUCUUCACCGGGCUGCAGCUGGCGUGUCUGGCAGUGCUCUGGGCCGUCAUGUCCACAGUGGCCUCCCUGGCCUUCCCCUUCAUCCUCAUCCUCACGGUGCCACUCCGCAUGUGCCUGCUCAGCCGCAUCUUCACCGACCGUGAGAUGAAGUGUCUGGACGCAGACGAGGCCGAGCCCAUCUUUGACGAGCGGGAAGGUGUGGACGAGUACAACGAAAUGCCAAUGCCGGUGUGACCGCACGCCAGCCAGCGAGCUGCCCGUGGCUGCAGGGCUGGGCAUGGCCAGGCCCCCGUGCUGCCGCCCUGCACGGGGACGGGGGCAGUGGCUGCGCAACUGUGCCCAGCCGGGGAUGGGCACCCCAUGUUCCCUGUGCCUUUGGGGGGGGGACACCUGCCAAAGAGAUGCUGGCCCGCAGCCUUGCCCUGCUGGGGACCACCCAC